AUGGGUUUCAAGAAUCCAUUCAAGGCUGACGACAACGGCGCUGCUUCUCGGGGAGAGUAUGAAUUGGUCGAUAAUGGCGGCCCCUCGAAUCGAAAGGUGGAAGGCGAAGAGGAGAUCUUGACUGAAGCUGAGAAACAAAGUCUUCGCAAAGUUGCAGAUGAUCUGCCGUGGUCCACCUUCCUCGUCGCCAUAGUCGAACUCUGCGAACGCUUCACGUACUACGGCCUCUCCGGCCCCUUCCAAAACUACAUCUCCAACAGCUACCACGACCCCUCCGGCCUCCCAGGCGCCCUCGGCCUAAACCAACACGGCGCCACCGCCCUGACCAACUUCUUCCAGUUCUGGUGCUACCUCACCCCCAUCAUGGGCGCGGUCCUAGCAGACCAGUAUCUGGGCAAGUACUGGACGAUCUUUUAUUUCAGCAUCGUCUACGUCGUCGGCAUUGCAGUAUUGUUCUUUACGAGUCUCCCGGCGUCCAUCGAAGGUGGUAUGGCUUUGCCGGGGUUGGUCGUUGCGAUGGUAGUUAUUGGAUUGGGCACGGGAGGAAUCAAGGCGAAUGUGAGCCCUUUGAUCGCGGAGCAGUAUCGCAAUACGAAGGCUUUCGUCAGAACGUUGAAGACGGGGGAAAAAGUCCUCGUGGACCCUGCCGUGACGGUGCAGAGGAUCUACAUGAUUUUCUACAUGUGCAUCAAUUUCGGGAGUCUAUCAAGCUUGAUCACCACGACGAUGGAGCUGCAUGUGGGGUUCUGGGCGGCGUAUGGAUUGUGUUUGGCCACGUUUAUUGUUGGAUUCGUUACUUUGGUGGCCGGAAAGAAGAAGUACGUCUUGAAGCCGCCGAAGGGAUCGGUGCUCCCUCAUGCAGCGAGGAUAUGUUGGAUUGGAUCGAAGAAAAGGAAUCUGGAUGCUGCGAAGCCUGAAUACAUGGACAAGGCUGAGGUUCCUUGGGACAGCACUUUCGUGGAAGAAGUUCGCCAGGCGCUUGUCGCUUGUAAGGUCUUCCUCUUCUACCCAGUCUACUGGUGCGUAUAUGGCCAAAUGCUCAACAACUUCAUCUCGCAAGCGGGCCAAAUGGAACUCCAUGGCAUCCCCAACGACAUCAUGGCCAACAUUGAUCCCAUAACCAUCAUAAUCUUCAUCCCCCUAGUCGACACCUUCCUCUACCCGCUCCUCCGCCGACACAACCUCCCCUUCCCCCCCAUCGCCCGCAUAACCGCCGGCUUCCUCCUCGCCGCCCUCGCGAUGCUCUACACCGCCUACGUCCAAGUAACAAUCUACGCCUCCCCGCCCUGCUACUCGCAUCCACGAGCCUGCCCCGCCGCCCUCCUCCCCUCCUCAAACUCCUACACCCCGAACAAAGUCCACAUCGCCCUCCAAUCCCCCGCCUACUUCCUCAUGGGGCUCUCGGAGAUUUUCGCGAGCGUGACGGGGCUGGAGCUGGCGUUUACGCGCGCGCCGGAGAGUAUGAAGAGUUUGGUUAUGAGUGUUUUCUUGUUGACGACGGCGGGCGGGGCGGUGUUGGGGGCCGGGGUGAGUCCUUUUGCGAAGGAUCCGGGGGUCGUGGGGUUGUAUCUGGGGCUGGGGGCGGUUUGUGCGGUUGUUGGGGGUGUGUUUUGGGGGUCGAGUUUGUCGGCCAAUUCUUGA